GCUAAAAUGAACACCAAAGACAAAGAGAACCAGUCUUUUGAACCACAUGAAAGCAAUGUGAAAACUCCUCUGAAACAGAGAACUACCUCCAAUUUGUUCUUGACAGAGAUCCAGCCUGCUGCUGCUUGCCAUCUGACGACACCACCAAAGCCUAAUGAACUCUCUCCGGCAGACCCCUGGACACCAACAGCUAACCUUAAAAUGCUGAUCAGUGCCGCUAGUCCUGAGAUUAGAAAUCGGGAACAGGAAAAAAAAUUAUUGGACAACAGAAGUGAAACCCUUGAGGACCAUUUAUCAGGAGAUGAAUAUGAAAAAUCCCAACCGAGCCGUAAAGAGAAAAGCUUAGGAUUGCUGUGUCACAGAUUUUUAGCUCACUAUCCUCAUUAUCCCAACUCUUCUACAAACAACGAAAUUUGCCUUGAUGAAGUAGCAGAAGAACUUAAUGUUGAACGCAGACGCAUAUAUGACAUAAUGAAUGUUCUAGAAAGUCUUCAUAUGGUGAACCGGCUCGCCAAAAACCGGUACGCUUGGCAUGGUUGUCAUAAUCUUAAAAAAACACUACAGGUUUUGAAAAAAGUGGCCGAGGAGAACAAAUACAUGCAGCAAAUUCAGUUGAUUAAAACAAGAGGAGGUGAAGAAGAACCUGAGGGGAAUGAUCAGAGGAUUGAGUUGAUGGCAAAGCAUGAUAUUCCGAGCAGCCAUAUGGAUAUAAGCUUCGUUGAACUUCCCGGGAUGGAGUUUCGAGGAGCUUCAGUAAACAGUCGUAAAGACAAGUCAUUAAGAGUGAUGAGUCAGAAGUUUGUGAUGUUGUUCCUUGUAUCCACCCCUCAAGUUGUGAGUCUUGAAGUUGCCGCUAAAAUUUUGAUUGGUGAAGACCAUGUUGAGAAUUUAGAUAAAAGCAAGUUUAAAACUAAAAUCCGGAGACUGUAUGAUAUUGCUAAUGUUCUCAGCAGCCUUGAUCUAAUCCAGAAGGUUCACAUUAAAGAAGAGAAGGGCCGCAAGCCAGCAUUUAAAUGGAUAGGACCCGAUGUUUUUUCAGAUGCUCAGGAUGCGCCAUCUGUACUUUCGCCCAUGACUGUUGCUCCAGCUCAUCCUGUGGAACAGAAGUCUUCCAAAGAGCAUUGUUCCAAGAACCUUUUCCCUACAAGGUGUAAACAAGGCUUCACACGGCAUCCGUCUUUAAUAAAAAUGCCAAAGAAUACACAGAGUGAUCAUCGGAAAAUUCAUUCUGCUCCAAGCAGUCCCAUCAAGAAAAACACGAGUCACAUUCCACCAGGCUUUCCAAGCAAGAUGGCGCAACUUGCGGCAAUUUGCAAACAGCAAUUAGAUGAGCAAUCAAGGGAAUUGAAAAAAAGAAAAUUGAAAUUGGCUUCCUCUCCCUUGCCACACACUCUGGCUUUGCAAGCUAAAUCUUGUUUGCAGUCUGAAACAUUCUUAAAGUCUGAAACAUUCUUGUUGCCUUCUCAUGUAGAAGUCCUACCUCUGAUCCACAGCUCAGCGUUUCCACCAGUACUACCUCAUAUCCAUUCCAGUGCGGCGUACUCCGUGUAUGUGCAUCCUUCCCAAACGCAGAUGGCGACAGCGUACAAUCCAGGUUUCACAGUGCAGCCUUUUGCCUGUGCUAAUGUGGUUGGAAUCAAAUACCCUGCAGAAACUGGUUCAAAAGCAGCCCCUGGCCAAAUGCUUACUGAAGGCAACGACAUCAGUGUGGGAAAGAGAGAUGCUCCAGCUAAAGAUGAGAGCAUCGGGGCUGCCAAGAAGCAAGGAGGUUUAGAAGAUGGCUGUACACCAGAGAAAUUUCUUAAAAGGUGUAAAUUAGUCCUGGAGUAUAGUCCGGUGAAAAAAUGUAAACGUGAGGUAAAACUUCAAGACACGUUACUGGGAAAAUCCAUUAAGAAUUCAGACACCCGGUCUUCCAUAGCUUUACAUCUGGACCAGGAAGACUUAACUUCAUCAGCAGAGGAACAAAAUCAAUACAAAAGCAGGGAACAUGAAUCCGAGCAGCAGAAGCAGAGAAAUCUUUUGGGAGAUGACAGCUCCUUCCCGGCACAGGAGACGCCUGCGCAUAAGGCAUGGUUUCCUUCAAGUUACCUGAUUCCUCUUACUCAGUGCACCCAACUUGGCAAUGAGACCACUGUUUCUAACAAAGGGAAAGCCGAGAUGAGUUUAGCAGAACAGAAGUCCUACAGUUCCAUUACUGCUGGUGACAUUCCGGUGAUAUCAGAAUUUACAGCAGUUAAUUUACCUGCUUUUCACAUAACACCUCUGAACCUAAUGCUACCACCAUCUUCUGUACCUACCAUUCCUGUGGCGAACAGUGCUGUUCUUCCUUCACUUGUCCGUGCUAAUCCUAUCCAGGCCCAAAGUUCUUCUGUCUUGAACUUUACACUGCAGCACUUGGGACUUGUACCAGCUACUGUGCAGAUGUCUGCAGAUCCAGGACUUGGAUCAGCCCUGAUCCAUCAAGGAGCAGAAGGCGUUCGUUCUGUUCCUAAAAGUGUCGAUUUGAAGCAAGGGAAAACAUUACAAAAUGCUUUACUGGAGCAGAGCCACGGGUUAAAUGGAAAACAAGUUCUAACAAUUCCAUUACAGCAGACCACAGUUCCUAUUACAUGUAGAGUUUCUAAAGAAGGCAAUGAAAGAUGUUUCCACGCACCAAGCAAACCAGCCACAGUUCCUAGCUCUUGUUCAUCUGCUCCUGAGCCAAGUAUCAAUGGACGUUCCCAAGGAACAUUGUCAGAGCUGCAAAGAAAACUCGAUGCAUCAAAGGGAGAUGAAUUUUGA